GCCUUCUGGAAUGCCACCUCAUCGUCUGAAUUUGAAAGUUGGAGUUAUAGUUAUGCUUCUACGAAAUCUACAUCCAUCGGUUGGACUCUGCAACGGAACAAGGCUCAUUGUGAAGAGAAUUAUGCCAAACGUUUUAGAUUGUGAAGUCAUCUCUGGACAGAAUGCUGGAUCGAUAGUUUUCAUUAAACGUGUUGAACUUUCACCAUCAGAUUCAAACCUCCCCUUUCAGCUCAAGCGAAGACAGUUUCCCAUCAGGCUUGCAUUUUGUAUGACUAUUAAUAAGUCACAGGGACAGACACUUAAGAAAGUUGGAAUUUAUUUACCGCAACCAGUUUUCAGUCAUGGAAUGCUUUACGUAGCUUUUUCAAGAUGUUCGUCUAUGAGGAAUGUUCGUGUUUUAGUGAAAGACACCAAGAAGCAAGGCCGUUUGAUGCCCGCAUGUUCUAAAGUAUUCACAAGAAAUAUUGUUUACAGGGAGGUUCUGCAGUAAAAAAGUUACUCGAGACAUUGAAACAGUGAGAUUUUUGCAACACAAAAUGAAGUUAAUCAAGCCAAAGCAAAAAUGAAAAAGAUUUGAGGUUUUUGGAUGACUGGGAUAAAUUGAAGCAAGUCAAGAUGAAGCUGAAACAGUUUGAGAAUUAUGCAUUAGUCGGCUUUUAUGUCUGUCGUUACA